AGAGCGACGCCGUCAGGUAAAGUUAGGGGUGUGUAUCUGGCGGCCGAGAGGGUGUGUCCACAUUUUCGCCGCCCUUUUCGCCCUACGAGCCACAAUCUAAGCACUUACGGACGAUACUCCGUCAUAGGCAAUCUAACGGCCCGCCGGAUAUUUUAUAAUCUAUUUUUGGGGGUCCGACACGCGGUUCCCGUUCGCGGCAUUUUUUUUCGGUUAGGUGCUGUGUGUCCGGUGCGACUUUGUUGUCUACGUAGUGUGCAGUGUUUGAUGCGACCGACUGGUAACCAAAGACCGACGUAAAUAAACUUUGUAGAAAUGAGUUCGCCGGUACGCGACAUCGAAGUUAAUGUGGUCUCGAGUCCGGAGUCGAGCAGCAGGAACAAUUCGCCGGAGCCGGACGGCUACCGGAUCCUGAACCGCGGCCAGAAUAUCACGUGUUUCCCGGUGAUCAAGACGAGCGACGAUGAGGAGAAGAACGAGAAGGAGCUGUCGUCGAAGUCGUCGGCGACGCAGAAGAGCUCCGGUGCCUCGACCAAUUUUUCGAUCUCGAGUAUCCUCUCGAGGAACGAGCCGUCGGCGAGGAAGAACGGCUUCGCCGGACAGAACGUCAUCGACAACGGGCUGUCGGCCACUUCGGACAAUGCCGUUUUGUCAAGAUUAGGAUUGAUGUCCCAUUUCGGCGCCCUGGCGGCGGCGAGCAGUAGAUACGCGGCACUAUGCGGCGGCGGUUCCGACCCGAGAACUUUGCCCUGGUAUUGGGGCAGGAUACCGUCGCAAAUUCCCCUGGAAAAACCCAGUCCGAACGGCGGUUCCACAAAUGACGAGCCAUCGCCUCCGGCCUCGCCACGCGACCACCACAACACCACCAACAACACAGAGACGAGCCGCUCGUCCAGACCAUCAUCCCCAUCGGACCACCAAAGAUCGCCGGCCAGCAGCCCCUCGCACCACGGCGGCCUGCCCACCUCCCAUCCCGCGUUCCUGGACCAAUCCUACAUGCGAUCCAAGUCGCCGUACAGGGACUCGGAGAACAUGGUCAUCGACGAGGAGAUCGAGGACGACGAGAGCGACUACGACAACGACAAGGACAAGAAAGUGAACAGCUCCAGCCUGAGUCCGGGCAGUUCGUUGGCGAACAAACGGAAAAAGAAAACCAGAACGGUGUUCUCCCGAUCUCAAGUGUUCCAACUGGAGUCGACGUUCGACAUGAAGCGGUACCUGUCGUCGUCCGAACGGGCCGGCCUGGCGGCCAGCCUCCACCUGACCGAGACCCAGGUCAAAAUCUGGUUUCAGAACCGCAGGAACAAGUGGAAACGGCAACUGGCCGCCGAACUGGAGGCGGCCAACAUGGCCCACGCGGCCCAACGUCUGGUGCGGGUGCCAAUACUGUACCACGAGUCGGCCAACACGUCGAUGCGCCACCCCUUCGACCAGAACCAUCCCUUGAGUCUGCACCAUCCGUUGGAGGCGAGCAGGGAGCCGCCCAGCGGCGGUGCACCCGUCGUCAGCACGGCGGGCUAUCCCAGUUCCUUGUACUACCACCAUCAGGCCGCCGUCGCCGCGGCCGUGCACAAUUUGCCCGCCAGUCCGGUGAACAGGCCCCCGAUGUCGGGUUUGGUAUGAGGUUUCGUCAGUGCGUAGGCGUUAAGGUGAUGAUGGGCCGUUGUGCAACUUGUAAAUUCGUGUCUCGUUUAACGAGGAUUGUGAACGCUGUAUUUGUUUUAUUUAUUUCCUUUUUGCUUUAAUGUACAUAUUGGUUGGUUUUUGAGGUUGUCUCAUGUGCAAAUAUAUAGUGUACGAACUUGUAGAAAUGCUUUAUGUAAAUACCGUAUUUAUAUUAAAUUAUUUAUUUACUUUAUGUAGCUACUUGUAUAUAUUCCAGUUUGUAACAGCUACCACAGUUACCUAUAUGCCAAAAAAUAAUUAGUUGAUAAUAAAUGUAUAAUUGUGUAGUA